AAAUCAGAAAUCAGAAAAAAGAAAAAAAGAGAAUAAAAGAAAAAAAAUAUGGGGUGUUCUUCUUCAAAGCGAAUCGAGGCCACAGUGGAUGUCUACCGUCCUGCGCCGGCGAGUUUCGCUGUAUUCGACAUCAACACCAUCGAAGAGCCGUGGCUCAAGGUGGACCAUGCGCCGGAGCACCACCAAGAAAAGCCCACGCACUUGCCGCCUCUCAUACUGGAGAAGCUCAACGCCUUGGAGGAGGGGCCUCGUUCGUGGGACGAAGUCAGUAGAGCUCUUGAAGACCUCAAGCCCACGCUCCACUCCCCUGCACCCGCUGUAACCGAUGCCGACAAGCCCCCUCAGCCUCAGCCUCAACCCCCAGCGCAAGAUAGCCCCACCCUCAAGCCUCAAGCUACCCGGAAGAGCCUCUCCUUCCACACGGUGGCAGAACUCGACACCAAGCUAUCUUCGAAGUCGACAGAGUCGACGAAGACUGAAUUGAAGAAGACCGAGUCGAUGAGGAUUAGCUCGAAGAAACCCGAGUCACGGGAUGCGGCAGCUGCGAAGGUGGCGCCGGCGGUGGUAGUGUCUGAGGGGAUGAGGCCGGUGAAGGACAACAUGUUCAUACUGAGAGACAGACAGGAGAGAGAAAGAGAAGGAAAAUCGGCGAACUUUGAUAAAAUGAUGAGCAGGAGGGACCCACUGAGCGAGUACCCGGAGAAAUGCCCUCCGGGCGGCGCCGACUCUCUCGUCCUCUACACGACGUCGUUGGGAGGCGUGAGGAGGACGUACGAGGACUGCAACCGCCUGAGAUCGGUGCUGGAGAGCCACAGGGUGGUGUUCGACGAGCGUGACGUGUCCCUGCACGGCGAGUUCUUGAAGGAGCUGAGAGAGCUCCUGGGAGAAGAAGCGAGCGUGCCGAGGCUCUUUGUAAAGGGUAGGUACGUGGGGGGCGUGGAGGAGGUGGUGGAGCUGAACGAGUGGGGACGACUGGGAAAACUGCUGAACUGCGCGAAAGUGGAGAGAGGAGUAGGGAGGCAAGGGUGUGAAGGGUGCGGAGGAGCAAGGUUCGUGCCAUGCCUGGAAUGUGGAGGAAGCUGUAAAGUGAUGGUGGGGGAGACGAAGGAGAGGUGCUCCGAGUGCAAUGAAAAUGGGUUAGUGCAGUGUCCAGCUUGUCUCUGAGACUUACCAGUACCCACCCCCCUAUUUGUUCAAUCACACAAUUGGAUGCAUGGGUGUAUGCAGUAUAUGAAACCUAGUUGCUUUUGCCUGUAAUAUCAAAAUAUGUGUAGUUGAAAUUCCAUAUGAUUUGUGAGAGAUGGUACUGCAACUGUUAUAUGUUAAUUUUCUUGCCAC